UGAUUCGGCGAGUGCCAGAGUUCUCGAAUAUUCCAACUCACCAUGGCCAUACUUCAACCUUCACGUUCCUCCUUUCGCACCUUUGUUGUGCACUCUGCUUCUGCUUUUCACUUCUGUAGCUUGAGCUUCGGUUGACGGACCCUUUUUCAACUUUUGCGGAGCGAUGCUCCUUUACCUGAUUACCCAAUUCUUUGAGCUGCGAUUGUUGGAAACUUGGUUCGGCAGUUGCUAAUUCCAUCGUCAGACCCUUCCUGCAUUCGUCAUCUUAUACCCUCCAUCACGAUGGUUCUCCACAAUCCCAACAAUUGGCACUGGGUGAACAAGGACGUGUCUGGCUGGACGCGAGAUUAUCUUGACAAGGACCUUCCAGGGAUCUUAGCUGAGGAAGAUGGGGUCAGCGCAAAGGUGGACCGCGUCAUUAGCAUGGAUGGAGACGUCGAUGUGAGCCAGCGCAAGGGCAAGGUUAUUACAAUCUUCGAUGUUAAGCUGAAGCUGGAAUACUCUGGCAAGAACAAGGAAGGCGAAGAGGCUAGCGGAACCAUCGUGAUUCCCGAAGUCGCUCAUGACACGGAGGUAGACGAGUAUUUUGAGGUAGACGUCUACUCAGAUGACAAGAGCAAACAACCAGUCAAGGAGCUCGUCCGAUCCAAAAUAGUACCGCAGCUGCGACAGCGUCUCGCAAAGCUGGGACCGGCUUUGAUCGAAGAGCACGCGAAGGAUAUCCAGCAUGCCCCAGGCUCCAACCCCUCGAGCGGCUUCGCAACACCGAAGAUCUAUUCAAGCUCCUCGGUGAACAAGUCAUCCGACAAGGUUGCGUCCACAUCGAGCACGACCCAAUCCAGCGGUGGGAAGCUCGUCAACACUACCACCAUCACCGAUACAGCCGAGUUCCGUACCACAGCCGCCGAGCUGUUCCAGACCUUCACCGAUCCUCAGCGCCUUGCUGCCUUUACGCGAUCACCCCCGCAAAACUUUACCGGAGCGAAGCCAGGCGGAACUUUCGAGCUAUUCGGCGGCAACGUGUCUGGCGAAUUUGUCGAAGUGGAAGAGCCGACGCACCUCGUGCAGAAGUGGCGGCUAGCGCAGUGGCCGCAAGGUCAUUAUUCGACGCUCAGCAUCUGGUUUGACCAAAACGAUGUCGAUGCCGUCACGGUGAUGCGCGUGGAGUGGAAAGGGGUUCCCGUUGGCCAGGAAGAGCCCACCAAGAACAACUGGGGCGAGUACUAUGUCAGGAGCAUCAAGACGACAUUUGGAUUCGGAACGGUGCUGUAGGCGUACUGCUUCCGUUGCAUAGCAUGCAUGCCGCUCUGGAAUAGUGGAGGUGGGAAUCUUGGGCGUUCUUGGGCGAAUGAUGAUGAUUGAUGGAUCAUGAUUGAUGGGCAUUACUCAGUAUAGCUGAGCGGGUUACCUAGAAGACACAUGCAUCACACUGUAUUCUGCCUCUUGGCACCAAACUGGACAACUCCCUGAACUUCCUC